GAAUCGGCUUGAACUUUUUCUUAACACGAACUUAGGGAAUCGGCUUGGACUUUUUUUUAAAACGGAUUUGUGGAAUCGGCUUGGACUUUUUCUCGAAAUGGACUUGUGGAAUCAGCUUGAACUUUUUCUCGAAACGGACUUGUGGAAUCGGCUUGGACUUUUUCUCAAAACGGACUUGUGCUUGGACUUUUCUCGAAAUAGACUUAUGGAAUCGGCUUGGACUUUCUCUCGAAAUGGACUCGUGAAAUCGGCUUGGACUUUCUCUCAAAACGGACUCGAAUCGGCUUGGACUUUUUUUCAAAAUGGACUUGUGGAAUCCGCUUGGACUUUCUUAAGCAAAAUUGUAAGUUUUUUAUUAUAG